AUGCCUCUUAAGUUCGAACUUUGCCCCGGGAGAAUGAUCGGGGGGAACAACCCCUGUUUCAUUAUUGCAGAAAUUGGACAGAAUCACCAGGGAGACAUCGAGAUUGCCAAGAAAAUGAUUCGUAUGGCUAAGGACUGUGGGGCAGAUUGUGCCAAAUUUCAGAAAAGUGAACUAGAGCACAAAUUCAACAAAAAAGCCCUGGAACGCCCGUAUACCUCAAAGCAUUCCUGGGGGAAAACGUAUGGUGAACACAAGCGCCACCUAGAGUUUAGCCAUGAGCAAUACAAGGAACUUCAGCAGUACGCCAAGGAAGUUGGGAUUUUCUUCACUGCAUCAGGAAUGGAUGAGAUGGCUGUAGAAUUUCUCCAUGAACUGAACGUGCCUUUCUUCAAAGUUGGCUCAGGAGACACCAACAAUUUCCCUUACCUCGAGCGAACCGCCAAAAAAGGACGGCCCAUGGUCGUUUCCAGUGGCAUGCAGUCUAUGGAGACGAUGCGACGGGUUUAUCAGACGGUGAAGCAGCACAACCAGAACUUCUGCAUCCUGCAGUGCACCAGUGCUUACCCUCUGGAGCCUGAAGAUGUGAACUUACGUGUGAUCGCCGAAUACCAGAAGGAAUUCCCUGAUAUUCCCAUUGGGUACUCUGGCCACGAGAGCGGCAUAAGCAUCACCGUGGGAGCAGUUGCGCUGGGUGCAAAGGUGGUUGAGCGUCACGUGACCCUGGAUAAAAGCUGGAAAGGCAGCGACCAUGAAGCCUCUCUGGAGCCCGCCGAGCUGGCCGAGUUGGUGCGCUCCAUUCGCAUCGUGGAGAAGGCACUGGGGACAGGUGUCAAACAGAUGUUGCCCUGUGAAGUCCCCUGUCAUGAUAAGCUGGGAAAGUCAGUGGUGGCUAAGAAGGCCAUACCUAAGGGAACCGUACUCACCAUUGAGAUGCUGACCGUGAAAGUCGCUGAGCCAAAGGGAGUGGUGCCCGAAGACAUUUUUCAGCUGGUGGGAAAGAAGGUGUUGGCAGACGUCGAAGAGGACGACAGCAUCACUGAGGAUGUCGUGGACAGUUACGGCAAGAAGGUCAAAUCCUGAGUCAGCUCCGCUCUGCUGCGUCCAGGAUCAAGUCUUUGAACAACUGGACCUUUAAUUAAUAUGAAAAUGAUAUUUGUACAGCCAGAGAAUCUCAGUGGAUAGAAUCAUUUGCCAAUUUAUGAAUUUGGAUAUUUAUGUUUCUGAUGCCCCUCGUACAACCUCAUGAUUGCAACACUUUGCAACUUUGUACUCUGCCUAGAGAGGAGAGUCACUGAAUGUCUGAUUAGACCACACCACACGGUUUUCACUCAUGUCUCAUUCACGCCAUAAAUCAUUCAAUUAAAGUUUAGAACAAG